GUGUCCCGCACGCCCAUCGUCGCUAGUGCCGACGCUAACGCCCCACUGCCGGCGGAGCAGGCCCUGCGUCUCGGCCAACGCCGCCGCCCGGGCGCGCGGCCCGCCCCGAGGCGCUCGUUCUCUCUCCUCGCCCCACCCUUUCGCUUCCCCUUCACGGAAACGACAGCUGCGGCGGCGGGGCUGGCGCCGCCUCCCUCCACCUACCACGUCUGCCCCCGCCACUCUCGCCCGGCGCCCCAGCCCGGCCGCGGCGCCUCCCCGCUAGGUCAGCCGGCAGCUCCGCCCGGCUGCCGCCCAGGAUGAACAUCAUGGACUUCAACGUGAAGAAGCUGGCGGCCGACGCGGGCACCUUCCUCAGUCGUGCAGUGCAGUUCACAGAAGAAAAGCUUGGCCAGGCAGAGAAGACAGAAUUGGAUGCUCACUUAGAGAACCUUCUUAGCAAAGCUGAAUGUACCAAAAUAUGGACAGAAAAAAUAAUGAAACAAACUGAAGUGUUAUUGCAGCCAAAUCCAAAUGCCAGGAUAGAAGAAUUUGUUUAUGAGAAACUGGAUAGAAAAGCUCCAAGUCGUAUAAACAACCCAGAACUUUUGGGACAAUAUAUGAUUGAUGCAGGGACUGAGUUUGGCCCAGGAACAGCGUAUGGUAAUGCCCUUAUUAAAUGUGGAGAAACACAAAAACGGAUUGGAACAGCAGACAGAGAGCUGAUUCAAACAUCAGCUUUAAAUUUUCUCACUCCUUUAAGAAACUUUAUAGAAGGAGAUUACAAAACAAUUGCUAAAGAGAGGAAACUAUUACAAAAUAAAAGACUCGAUUUGGAUGCUGCAAAAACCAGACUAAAAAAGGCAAAAGCUGCAGAAACUAGAGCUUCACAACUUAACUCAGCUCGCCUUGAAGGAGAUAACAAUAUGAUUUGGGCAGAGGAAGUGACAAAAUCUGAACAGGAAUUGAGAAUAACUCAAAGUGAAUUUGAUCGUCAAGCAGAGAUUACAAGACUUCUGCUAGAGGGAAUCAGCAGUACGCAUGCCCAUCAUCUCCGCUGUCUGAAUGACUUUGUGGAAGCCCAGAUGACUUACUAUGCGCAAUGUUACCAGUACAUGUUAGACCUCCAGAAACAACUGGGAAGUUUUCCAUCCAGUUACUGUAACAACAAUCAAACUUCUGUGGCACCCGUGCCAUCUGCUUCAUCAAAUGUGAUUGGUUCUUCUGCCUUGUCUUCAACAAGUGGCCUAGUAAUUGCCUCUCCUACCAACCUCAUUGACCUUAAGGAGUGCAGUGGCAGCAGGAAGGCCAGGGUUCUGUAUGAUUAUGAUGCUGCAAACAGUAGUGAAUUAUCACUUCUGGCAGAUGAGGUGAUCACUGUGUUCAGUGUCGUUGGAAUGGAUUCAGACUGGCUAAUGGGGGAAAGGGGAAAUCAGAAGGGCAGGGUGCCAAUUACCUACUUAGAACUGCUCAAUUAAAUAGGUGGACUAUGGAAAGAUUACCCAUCAUGAAACCAGUAUUUAUAUACAAUUAACUCUAAAUAAAGCAGGUUUAAGUAUCUUCCAUGUUAAUGUUCUUAGGAGACUGAAAAGAAAAUACCAGCCACCAGAAGCCAGCCUUUCUGCCAAUAAAAUUGCAUGGUACAUAUUUCAUUACAGAAUUUAUGUUAGUGCUUUCAUGCCAAGAAUGUUUUCUUACAAAAUUCUCUUUCUACUGAGGUUUCACUAAUAAGCAGCUUCUACUUUUGAGCUCCAACUUAAAGCAGAACUGUUUUCUACUGAAUUUUUCAUUAAUGGCAAGCUUUUUCUUUUAUGUAAAAUAAAUUUAUUGUGAAUUGAUAUCAGUGACUCAUUUAUUAGGUAUAAUUAAUAACCAAAGAAUAACACUAAAAUUUGUUUUAAGCUGUUGUUUUAAAAAGAGCUCUAGGAUAUAAUCCUCUUUUGUGGAAAAUAGAUUAUUUCUGAAUGUUUCCAUAAACAGAAAUGCAAUUAUACCGUGUUUACCUUGUUUUCUAACAGAAAUUGAAUUAUUUCAAUACUGUAUCUCAGUGGUUAGGGGGUUUUGGGGGUUUUAUUAAACACUACUAAGUGAUUUCUUCUAAAGUUAAAAACUAGUCCUUGAAAAACAUUAUUACUCUGGUAUAUUUUCAGCUAAGGUUCUAAAACAUCUGGAUCAAGGUCAAUUCGCUAAACAAUGUUUUUUUAAGAUUGUUCAGUUGGAACAAUGUAAUGCAUAAUCAGAAUCAGAUAUGUUUAGAACAUACUUCAGUAAAGAGAAUUUGUUCUUAUGGAACAACAGUCCUUAUCAAAAUAUAGAUUAGUGCAACUACACCCAUCAUAGAAAAAUUGUAUACAAACAAUACAUUUUUGGUUACUCUAAGCCUACUAAUUUUGAAUGUUUAUUAAUGAACUUAGGUUAUCUUGAUCAGGAUCUCUGGUUAUGAAACACACUAAUGAAAUCAUUGGUGCCACCCUUGCAGUCAAAAAAUUGCUAUUUGGACCAUAGCUGUUAAUCAGAUUGUUUCCAUGUUAGGACUUCUGCAUUCAUUUUCAUUCAUUCAUUGUUGAGGGCCAGGAACUAUACUGAUCUACUGAGCUGCACAGUCCUUCCCCGGCAUACCUUAAAGACCAAUGGAGAAUACAGAAAAAUAAACAGUUGCCAUAUAACAGAAUCCAUGUCACGAUAGAAGAAAUACAGGGUACUGUGUUUGGGAACUUUGGGAGUCACCUAAAUCAGAUUUGGGGAGUAGGAGAUGGUUUGGAGAGGAAGUGUUCCAGGCAGAGGGAAAAAGAUGUGCAGGGCCUGGAGGAAAGAGAAUGUAGCAUAUUCUGACAAUUACAAGUAGUAUUUCAGUCUGGCUUACACACCAAGUGCAAAAGUGUAGUUGAUUUCCUCAGAGAAUGUUAAUGUAUUGAAAUAUUUUUUGGUACUUUAAAAAAUGAUGAACCUUUAACACAAAAAAGGUAUUUUUAAAUGUGUUUAAGAGCUCCUAGUAAGAGCUUUGUAAACAUGUUGAUAAUAAUUUAGUUCACAGUCCAAACUUCAAUAAGUAGUUGUUACCCUCUUAUUUCUGUGCUGAGACACAUUCCUCUGCAAUUUUUUAAUUGUACAAAGACACUUUGAUUCACACUGUGAAUCACCAUACUCAACCCUAAAAGCUGUUCAAGCUGUUUAAUUAGCUAUAGCUCCAGGUGAGUGAGUGAGCUGCUUAUUUUCCUAGAAAGGAAGUUCCAGAGCCAGCCUGGAGUACUGUCUUUCAUGAGACAUGAGUUCAGGUUUAGGUUUUAAAAGAUCAUACAAAAAAUCCAGGUCAACUCAAACAGCAACUAUAAAUUAGGCUUAUGGGAAGUAGAGUAGUAACGUAGGGGAAAGUGUGGGAUCUGGAGUGAAAUGGCCACAGGUUCAAAUCCAAUCUUCCUCACAUCCUGUUCUCUUUGAGCUUGGACUCCCAACACUGUAACAACUGUUGUUUCCUCAUUAGUAAAAUAGGGAUAAUAAUUAAUGCCACCUAAGGUUACUAUGAGGAUUCUGUAGCAAAUGUUAACUUGCUUGGUAAGUCAUUUUUAGGGAAAAGUUAAACACAUAGUAGAAACAUUCUGUAAAUACCAGUUUCCCUUCAUUAACCCCUAUAGGCUUCCUGGCCUUAUUUAUGACUGUGUACCAGAGAUACCUUUUAUACCCAUGCUCUAUUCUACUUAUCGACCCUGUCCUCCACCCCACUUAAAAAGGAGAACUAGAUCUAGGUUUAACCUCACUGCAGCCAGCAUAAGUUUUUUAUCAGAACCUUCUGUUUUCCAUCAAAUGAAUGUUGAUUAUAACCCUAUGUGCAGUAGCCUUCAAUAAUACUAAGAUUCGAAUGCUUCUUGUGCCUUUGUCUACCACAAAUCCACCAUAAUACGUGGACUUGUUCUUAUGUUUGUGUUGCUUUUUACUUUAAAGGAGUUUUGUUUGUGGGGGCAGGGAGGGUAGCUCGGUUUUUUUGUGGGUUUUUUUUAUUUUGGUUUUGACUUCUGAAGUCAUGGAUUUAAUUUUUACUCAGGUAAAAGCCCAUAAAGGUUCUUAGGCAUGGAAGAAAAGCUUGGGAAGGCUAGUAACGUGCAAUUUUAAAUGACUUAAAUAAGCUCUGUGCCCCUGAGCUUAACCUAAAAGUUUAGUAACAUGUGAAGGAUGUACAUAUGAAUGAAAUAAUAAAAUUGGAAAUAACUAUAGGCACUUUUGUAGACAGACAAAAAUGAUUGGGUUGUUUCUACAUUUGUUGUCAAAAUAAUCUAACAUCAGAGGUCAUGGUGUUAAAUUGUUUUUUAUGGUGCUAGUCAGAAAAAUUCAUAUUGUAGGACAUUAGGUCCCAGAAAUGGGAAUGUGCCUCAUUCUGAGUAACAGGAGAGCUAAGAGACCUGAGGCUGGGGUCGCCAGUGGCUGAGAGGCAUCCUCAUAGUCUGCCGUUCUCCACCAGAACAAAGGAACAGAAUGUGAAUGGAGGAGCUGGUGUGCGAGGGCAUUUCUGAGAUAUACUGUGGGAAAGAUGACAGAGUGCAGGACAGGAAUCAACAGCUUUGGUUACCCAGAGAGGCCCAGCUUACCUCCAUGCGUUGACUGGAUUCCUCAAAAGAUCUCUUCCCUACCUCCCGAGUGCUUGACAUUUUGAAAUAUCUUUUCUAGCAUGUAGCACUUAAGGCCUGAAUAAGGAGCUAUAAUAGCUAGCUAGCUUUGCCUCAGCCUCUCCUCCAGAUGACUAAGUGGCCCCUACCUUGUGGUGAGACUCUAAAGGGGAGAAGGGAAUUGUGCCCUUUCUCCCACAUUAUCCUAAUUAGAAAGUCUGUUCAGUAGGGCAGUGGUUCUCUGUGUUGAGACCCCAGGAAAGGCAGCAUCAACAUCACCUAGGGACUUGUUUCAAAUGCUAAUUCAUAUUUCCAAGUACUUUCUACCUUUAUUUGUACUGAAUUUUUUGUCUUGAGGCUAUAGAACUAGUCUUAGUUCUUCCAUGUAACAUUGUAAAAAUAGUUAAAGACAAAAACUGUCUUCUGAUCUUUACUGUAUUCUAACACUGUCAUAAUUAUAUAGUUCUAUAAUUUAUUUGAUUAGUAUGUAUCUGUCAGUCUAGAAUGCAGGCUCCCUGAGGUAGAGGUUAUAAUUUUUUUUUUAUCACAAUUAAAUUUCCAACUCUUAGUACAAGACUUAGCACAUUGUAUGUACUCAGUAAAUAUUUGUCAAAUGAAAGGGGAGGAAUGCAAUUCCUAAGCCUUAUCCAAGAUCUACUGAAUCUGUUUUUACAAGUUUGAGAACCACUUCAGUAGAAAACAAAAACUUGCCUUCCACCUUCAGGUACUACCUGACAUCACUGGAGAAAUCUUCCCUGGCUUCCGCACCAUCACCCAACACUGCUCUCUCAAGUGUAGAGGCACCUUGCUGGGCUGUCUUAUGAGUGCUCGUGAUGGAAUAAGGGUAUGAUUAGGGUAUGCAAGGGAAAUAGUUCUUGGAAUGCCAGGACUUGGUUGCUGUGGAGGGUUUCUUGGGAAUGGAUCCUGUAGUCUGAAGAAGGGGUAAGCACUACGACCAUGCACGUCUCCACUUAACACAGUGACAAUUUGACAUUAAAGCAUCCUGGCAAACCAUGAAUGAGGUUUCAGAUUAACGUUUACAUCCUUAUGCCUCAGGUUGCUAAGCUCUUUCAUUUCUACUUCACAGGAGACUUUUUAAGAAUUGUUAAGGCUUUUUUUUUUUUUUUUUUUUAAAUAAUACAAGUCGUAGAUGUGUUGGUAAAAAGGAAACAAAAAUGAAAAUUUAGUUUAAAGAAAAAUCACCUAUAAUCCCACCAUCUGGGAGAACUGUGAUUGAGGUGUAUAGCCUUCCAGAGUCUUCUGUGCAUUUAUACAUUUUUUUAAAUGGAAUCAAGUUGUACAUACUGUUUUGUAACUUUUUUUCACUUGACAAUACCACAACUAUCCUGCUGUGUCAAAUAUAUUUCUACAUCUUUUUUAAUGGCUGCAUGGUAUGCCAUCAUAUGUGCCACAUUUUAUUAAACUAUUGUUGAUUUUUAGGUUUCCAGUUUUUCACUAAUAAACUGCUUUAAAGAA